AUACCGGAAGUGGUUAUUAUAAACAUAACGAUUGACAGAUUGUGGGAUAUUAUAACAUCAGUUAGAGUUUCCAUCAGGGAUGGACAGAAAUUCCAUACGAUACGAGGUGCUUCGUGAAAAUGAAGUGAAUGCCCCAGCAGAGCCUGUUAAUUUAGUGAUGAUAGUUCCACCUCCAGAGUACCCAGGCAAUGCUUCUUGCAAUGCGGAAAGCUCCACCCAAAAGCUCCCAUCUUAUACAGAGGCCACAACUCUGCCGACAUAUGAGGAGGCAGAACGCUCAAAGUUCCAGGAAUCCAUGAGAGCUGCUGACAGGAGUCAGAACAGUCAUGAAGAAAUCACUCCUCAUGAGGGUCGAUUCUUCAAAGCCACCACACUUGGCACAGACGGCAUGUUUCUGUGUGCCUUUGUUAUGGCUUUUUUCUUCAACUGGAUUGGAUUUCUGUGUUCGAUAUGCUUGUUCAACACGAUAGCAGGACGAUGUGGAGCAUUGUCAGGAUUGGGUCUCUCCAUUGUUAAGUGGAUCUUCAUUGUUAAGCACAAUAAAUGGGCCAGUGAUUGGGCUGAUGGAGACUCCUGGGUCUGGUGGCUUUUGCUUCUUUGUGGAAUGCUGAUUUUCUUGCGAGGAGCUAUUCACUACAUCAAGACAAAAUAUGAGUGGAACCAGAUUCAAAACAGCCUGAGGAAUAGAAAUUUGUUCCUGUUUUAAUGGAGUUACCUCCCCAUUAUUACAAAUUUUCCUAUAAAUUUAUUGCUAUUCAUUCUUUUGGUGUAGGUUAUUCUAGAUAGAAUUCAUGGUCUUUAAAAAAAUUAAUGAAAAGGAAGAUUAUUAUUACAAUGAAAUUGGGUCAAAUAGAUUUUUACGAAAUUAUUUACCAGUGCUCAACGAUUAAAUGCCAUAUAUAACAAGGUUUUUUACAGAAUCAUUUCCCUUUAAGAUACACAAAAUUGGGUUUAAAUAAAACAGUUUUAUUGUAGCUAUGUCUGUGUAUUUAAUAUUUUGAUUUUGAGAUGUGUUAAAUAUUAGUAAACUUGAUGGAUUUAUAUACAUGUAUCUUUACAUUUUUAUGAAAUUUAAAAAUACUGUACACAGUUUUCAUUUUCUUCACAUGUAUUUUGUACUUUUCAGACAAUUCUCCAAACCAUCUAUCAUUCACAAUAACUUUUGUUCAAGGUUCCAUUAAUUAUAGUGACUAAAGAAACAUUCUACACAAAUUCAUAGUUAACUAAUUGGUUCGAUGCUAGAAUCGCAGCACAGUUAAGGCUGCAGUAAGGAGGCGGGGCCUAAUUUAUAUGGGAAAUGCUUACUAUGACAUCACACAAAAAUAUAAGUUCUUCAAAUUACCACAAAAUGAAAUGAUUUGCUAUUUUAAACUGUUGAAUAGCUUUAAACUACAUCAAUACUAACUAGUGCAUGCAUUAUUAUCGUUGGUUAAAUCCCACACAGCAAUAUAUAAACAAUUCACUGAUCGCAAUGCACUUGUCAAUGUGACGUCAUAUCGUAAAAUUUGACGCAGUUUGUAUGUAGUGAGAGGCGGAUCAAGUUAUAUUUAUACAAUGAAAAAUGUAUUUUGUAAUUAAAUAAAAUAUAAAUUGUAGAUAUAUAAAAGGCCAUUAACUUGGAUGCGAUGUCUAUUUUAUGAUUUUAUUCAUAUACUUCCCGUACAUUCCCUAGACAAGCGAUACUGUCGUAUAUUUGUAUGCAGAUUCAUUGAAGGGUGAUAGAAGGGUCGUAAUAAAUCGAUAUAUUGCAAGGGCAUACACUCAAUGAAUUAUGACAAGCUUUUACACAUAAACUCAAGAAGUAUGAAGAUAUUUGAAAAGUGCUGCGAACCUGUUGAAAUCUUGCAAAUGAAUUAAUUAUAUCUAUAAUGUACUUGACCAGCAAAAUAUUCAACAUACGGUCUAACAAAUGUAAUUUUAGCAAUUAGAUAGUAGAAUCUAUAUAGGUUCGCAGCACUUUUCACAAACUACAAAGAGUGUUGAAAAUAAUUAUAUGUUAAACUUAGAUUUUUAACUUGGUUAUGCACUUGCAAUAUUAGAAAUUAUAGAUGACCUCAAUACUUCAGGUAUAUUUGCUAAAAUCACGUGACUGCCACGUCACGUGACAAGUCUAAAUAAGAAAUCUAAUCGUCCUCAACAUGUAGUUUUCAACCACAUUGCAUUUGUCCGAUAAUAGUAAAGUCCUAAAAAGAAACGCCCAUCCUUGUAAAGAAUGUAUUUCCUAUCUAAAAAAUUCGCCAAUAUUUCCAUUUGGCACCUUAACUGUACUGCGAUUAUUGGCGAUAAAAAAGAAGGUUGGAAGAAGGUAGAAAAAAAAUUGGGUUUACAGCUAUCUGGUUUUGUUUUUCACUUUUCUUGAAUGUGUGCUUCUCAUUCCUUUUAAUAUGAAUAUUCUUUGUUUAAUUUCAGUGCAUGCACGUUGCAGUGUAACUGCUGAAAAAAAUGCAUUGAUGACUGUAUACAGUAUUUUUAUUUCCUCUUUUUAAAAAACAUGGCUGUGGAAUUUUUUAAGAGUUUACCUUGGGUAUACAUUUAUGGUGUCUGUUAUCUGUGAAGUUUAAUGGUGUUUUAUAUAUCAUCAUUUGAACAAAUAGAUCUACAUAAUUGAACUUCAGUAUCUCGAACACUGAUAUCUCGAAUACCAUGGAUGUAUCUAAGUGAUUUGUGAUUCCCCAUCCCACUUAUUCUUCAAUCAAGUAUUUUACCCUUGAUAUCUUGAAUCCUCGGAUAUCUAGAAUUUUUUUCUCGGUUCCUUCAAGUUUGAGAUAACGAGGUUUGACUGUACAAAUAAAGUGGAAUAAUAUUCAAAAUGUAAAACAGGUACCAUUUGUAUUCAGUUGUUUGUUAAAGUAAGUCUUUCAAAGUCGACGCCUUUCUGGUUAUGCCUUUAAUUGAUUUUUUCCUUCCAUGUUGUACAUGUACAUUCAGAGUGUGUUGAAGAAAAUUAUGUUGAUUUAUAAGAGGCCAACAAUGGUAUUUAGCUUUAGUUCAACGUAACAUGGCUAUCAGGGUCGGAUUUUUAGAUCAGAAUGAUAAAAAUGAUUCAUCUCAUUUAUACGUUGUGUAAUUUUGUAGGUAUUUGAAUAUUCAGUGACACAUUUACUUAGAAAGUAAAUGUAUAUGUUUCUAUGAAAGUCAUAUUAGCUUUACUCGUCAAAUAUUCAAGUAUUAAAAUAUGUAUUGAUAAACUUUAUCUGCUGGUGAUACAUUUUAAAUACUGCUUUUUUCUACAAUCUGUCAACUGAAUUGGUUAGGGGUAAAAGUGUUUCAUCUUUAUUAUUGGCCAGUAUUUGGAUUUUAGGAUGAUAUAGUCAGCUUAGAUUUAAUUAAAUUUGAAAAUAAAGAAUUGACAAAGA